AUGACUACCCACAAAAUCAAACAAUUUUUCAAAGAUUUCGGAAAACAAUCCAAGGAAAACCUCGUCAGCCUCUUCAGGAGAAAAACAAGAGACAAUUACUUUAUUACCAUCCCUCACGAACAAAAUACUAGUACCACUUCAUCCGACACCAUUCCAUCCAAUGAACUCGGCAAGCCACUUCAAAAAGAAUUAUCACAAAAAUCAGAGAAACGAAAACGAGUUAUGAAACUCAUUCUUUAUUACUCUUUGGAAUAUAUCAUUCCUCUAUUAUGCUUGGGCCUUGUGUUGGGAGUGUUAUUGUCAGGAGGAAUUCCAACUUUCAGUCUUCCAUAUUUCUAUAUUGAGGAUCCCACUUUGAGUUAUCCCAAACAUCAACAUGACAUAUUACCUCUAUGGGAAGUAGCUGCAAUUUAUGUCCUUCUCAUUCCCCUUGUGAGCUUUCUCCUUUUUCAUUUACUUUUUAUCAGAAACUUGGUCGAUUUUCAUCAUGCAUUGGUAGGAUAUGUCCAAACAAUUGCUCUAUGUAUGGCAAUUACUGCUUUUGGUUGGCUCGUGUAUGGCGGAUAUAGACCUACAUUUCUCGUCGAAUGCAACCCAAAUAUGAAAGUUGUGAACGAACAUCGAAAAUCUGGAAAUACCUUGCUUCCCUAUCGAUACUUUAAACCUACAGACGUGUGUCAAAAUCCAGAAAAUUUCCGGCUCUCCAGUCCCUUAAUGACCUCGGGAUUUCCAAGUGGACAUGUAUCUUCAGUCAUGUCGGUUUGGCUUUUUUUCUUACUGUAUUUUGCUGGAAAGGCAGAUACUUGGAAUAGGAGAAAGGGUCAAUUCUGGAAAGUUUUCUUGUUUUUCCUACUUUUACUAGUACCAGUAUGGGUUGGAGUGACGAGAAUUGUCACUCUUAAACACACUAUUUCUCAAGUUGUGGUUGGCAUAUUGAUUGGAAUUUUCUCAGCACUUUUGGUCUAUCGAUACAAAUAUUGCUCAAUCUUUGGAGUUGAUGCAAAAACUCCAAAUUAUUACAUGUGGCAAAAGCAACAACCAUCUACACCUUAA